AUGGUGCUUGUGCUGAGCAUCAGGUUGGGAGGGCUGUUCCUCAUGGAGCUGCGCGCGCAGACGGGUUGGGUCCAAGUGGGGCCGAGAGGCUUGGUCCAGCUGAUGAUGCUACCAAUGCACUGGCCCAAAUCUGGCUUGAUUACCAUCAAGGUAUACUAUCAUAUGUUCCCUGUGCAAAGCGGUAGGUCAGUAGCCCUGUUCCUCAUGGAGCUGUGCGCGCAGACGGGUUGGGUCCAAGUCGGGCCGAGAGGCUUGGUCCAGCUGAUGAUGAUACCGAUGCACUGGCCCAAAUCUGGCUCCAUUACCAUCAAGGUAUACUAUCAUAUGUUCCCUCCGCCAAGCGGUAGGUCAGUAGCCCUGUUCCUCAUGGAGCUGUGCGCGCAGACGGGUUGGGUCCAAGUGGGGCCGAGAGGCUUGGUCCAGCUGAUGAUGAUACCGAUGCACUGGCCCAAAUCUGGCUCCAUUACCAUCAAGCUAUACUAUCAUAUGUUCCCUGUGCCAAGCGGCAGGUCAGUAGCCCAGUUCCUCAUGGAGCUGUGCGCGCAGACGGGUUGGGUCCAAGUGGGGACGAGAGGCUUGGUCUGGCUGAGGAUGCCACUGCUGCACUGGCCCAAAUCUGGCUCCACUACCAUCAAGGUAUACUAUUGUAUGGUCCCUGUGCCAAGCAGUAGGUCAGUAGCCCUGUUCCUCAUGGAGCUGUGCGCGCAGACGGGUUGGGUCCAAGUCGGGCCGAGAGGCUUGGUCUGGCUGAGGAUGCUACCGAUGCACUGGCCCAAAUCGGGCUCCGCCACCAUCAAGGUAUACUAUCAUAUGUUCCCUGUGCAAAGCGGUAGGUCAGUAGCCCUGUUCCUCAUGGAGCUGUGCGCGCAGACGGGUUGGGUCCAAGUCGGGCUGAGAGGCUUGGUCUGGCUGAGGAUGCCACUGCUGCACUGGCCCAAAUCGGGCUCCAUUACCAUCAAGGUAUACUAUCAUAUGUUCCCUGUGCCAAGCAGUAGGUCAGUAGCCCUGUUCCUCAUGGAGCUGUGCGCGCAGACGGGUUGGGUCCGAGUGGCGCCGAGAGGCUUGGUCUGGCUGAGGAUGCUACUGCUGCACUGGCCCAAAUCUGGCUCCAUUACCAUCAAGGUAUACUAUCAAAUGGUUCCUGUGCCAAGCAGUAGGUCAGUAGCCCAGUUCCUCAUGGAGCUGUGCGCGCAGACGGGUUGGGUCCGAGUGGCGCCGAGAGGCUUGGUCUGGCUGAGGAUGCUACUGCUGCACUGGCCCAAAUCUGGCUCCAUUACCAUCAAGACAGGUUGGGUCCGAGUGGGGCCGAGAGGCUUGGUCUGGCUGAGGAUGCCACUGCUGCACUGGCCCAAAUCGGGCUCCAUUACCGUCAAGGUAUACUAUCAAAUGGUUCCUGUGCCAAGCAGUAGGUCAGUAGCCCAGUUCCUCAUGGAGCUGUGCGCGCAGACGGGUUUGGUCCAAGUGGGGACGAGAGGCUUGGUCUGGCUGAGGAUGCUAAUGAUGCACUGGCCCAAAUCUGGCUCCAUUACCAUCAAGGUAUACUAUUGUAAGGUCCCUGUGCCAAGCAGUAGGUCAGUAGCCCUGUUCCUCAUGGAGCUGUGCUCGCAGACGGGUUGGGUCCAAGUCGGGCCGAGAGGCUUGGUCUGGCUGAGGAUGCUAAUGAUGCACUGGCCCAAAUCUGGCUCCGCUACCAUCAAGGUAUACUAUCAUAUGUUCCCUGUGCAAAGCGGUAGGUCAGUAGCCCUGUUCCUCAUGGAGCUGUGCGCGCAGACGGGUUGGGUCCAAGUCGGGCCGAGAGGCUUGGUCUGGCUGAGGAUGCUAAUGAUGCACUGGCCCAAAUCUGGCUCCGCUACCAUCAAGGUAUACUAUCAUAUGUUCCCUGUGCAAAGCGACAGGUUGGGUCCGAGUGGGGCCGAGAGGCUUGGUCUGGCUGAGAAUGCUACCAAUGCACUGGCCCGGAUGGCUCCAUUACCGUCAAGGUCAGUAGCCCAGUUCCUCAUGGAGCUGUGCGCGCAGACGGGUUUGGUCCAAGUGGGGACGAGAGGCUUGGUCUGGCUGAGGAUGCUAAUGAUGCACUGGCCCAAAUCUGGCUCCACUACCAUCAAGGUAUACUAUUGUAUGGUCCCUGUGCCAAGCAGUAGGUCAGUAGCCCUGUUCCUCAUGGAGCUGUGCGCGCAGACGGGUUGGGUCCGAGUGGCGCCGAGAGGCUUGGUCUGGCUGAGGAUGCUACUGCUGCACUGGCCCAAAUCUGGCUCCAUUACCAUCAAGGUAUACUAUUGUAUGGUCCCUGUCCAAGCAGUAGACGGGGUGAGGUCCAAGUUGGGGCCGAGAGGCUUGGUCUGGCUGAGGAUGCUACUGCUGCACUGGCCCAAAUCUGGCUCCACUACCAUCAAGGUAUACUAUCAUAUGUUCCCUGUGCCAAGCGGUAGGUCAGUAGCCCUGUUCCUCAUGGAGCUGUGCGCGCAGACGGGUUGGGUCCGAGUCGCGCCGAGAGGCUUGGUCUGGCUGAGGAUGCUACCAAUGCACUGGCCCGAAUCUGGCUCCAUUACCAUCAAGGUAUACUAUCAUAUGUUCCCUGUGCAAAGCGACGGGUUCGGUCCAAGUGGGGACGAGAGGCUUGGUCUGGCUGAGGAUGCUAAUGAUGCACUGGCCCACAUCUGGCUCCACUACCAUCAAGCCCAGUUCCUCAUGGAGCUGUGCGCGCAGACGGGUUGGGUCCAAGUGGGGCCGAGAGGCUUGGUCCGGCUGAUGAUGCUACCGAUGCACUGGCCCGAAUCUGGCUCCAUUACCAUCAAGACGGGUUGGGUCCAAGUGGGGCCAAGAGGCCUGGUCCGGCUGAUGAUGCUACCGAUGCACUGGCCCGAAUCUGGCUCCGCUACCAUCAAGGUAUACUAUUGUUGGGUCCGAGUGGGGCCGAGAGGCUUGGUCCAGCUGAGGAUGCCACUGCUGCACUGGCCCAAAUCGGGCUCCAUUACCGUCAAGGUAUACUAUCAAAUGGUUCCUGUGCCAAGCAGUAGGUCAGUAGCCCAGUUCCUCAUGGAGCUGUGCGCGCAGACGGGUUUGGUCCAAGUGGGGACGAGAGGCUUGGUCUGGCUGAGGAUGCCACUGCUGCACUGGCCCAAAUCUGGCUCCACUACCAUCAAGGUAUACUAUUGUAUGGUCCCUGUGCCAAGCAGUAGGUCAGUAGCCCUGUUCCUCAUGGAGCUGUGCGCGCAGACGGGUUGGGUCCAAGUCGGGCCGAGAGGCUUGGUCUGGCUGAGGAUGCUACCGAUGCACUGGCCCAAAUCGGGCUCCGCCACCAUCAAGGUAUACUAUCAUAUGUUCCCUGUGCAAAGCGGUAGGUCAGUAGCCCUGUUCCUCAUGGAGCUGUGCGCGCAGACGGGUUGGGUCCAAGUCGGGCUGAGAGGCUUGGUCUGGCUGAGGAUGCCACUGCUGCACUGGCCCAAAUCGGGCUCCAUUACCAUCAAGGUAUACUAUCAUAUGUUCCCUGUGCCAAGCAGUAGGUCAGUAGCCCUGUUCCUCAUGGAGCUGUGCGCGCAGACGGGUUGGGUCCGAGUGGCGCCGAGAGGCUUGGUCUGGCUGAGGAUGCUACUGCUGCACUGGCCCAAAUCUGGCUCCAUUACCAUCAAGGUAUACUAUUGUAUGGUCCCUGUGCCAAGCGACAGGUUGGGUCCGAGUGGGGCCGAGAGGCUUGGUCUGGCUGAGAAUGCUACCAAUGCACUGGCCCGGAUGGCUCCAUUACCGUCAAGGUCAGUAGCCCUGUUCCUCAAGGAGCUGUGCGCGCAGACGGGUUCGGUCCAAGUGUGGACUAGAGGCUUAGUCUGGCUGAGGAUGCUAAUGAUGCACUGGCCCACAUCUGGCUCCACUACCAUCAAGGUAUACUAUUGUAUGGUCCCUGUGCAAAGCGGUAGGUCAGUAGCCCAGUUCCUCAUGGAGCUGUGCGCGCAGACGGGUUGGGUCCAAGUGGGGCCGAGAGGCUUGGUCCGGCUGAUGAUGCUACCGAUGCACUGGCCCGAAUCUGGCUCCAUUACCAUCAAGGUAUACUAUUGUAUGGUCCCUGUGUCAAGCGGUAGGUCAGUAGCCCUGUUCCGCAUGGAGCUGUGCGCGCAGACGGGUUGGGUCCAAGUGGGGCCAAGAGGCCUGGUCCGGCUGAUGAUGCUACCGAUGCACUGGCCCGAAUCUGGCUCCGCUACCAUCAAGGUAUACUAUUGUAUGUUCCCUCCGCCAAGCGGUAGGUCAGUAGCCCAGUUCCUCAUGGAGCUGUGCGCGCAGACGGGUUGGGUCCAAGUGGGGCCGAGAGGCUUGGUCCAGCUGAUGAUGCUACCGAUGCACUGGCCCAAAUCUGGCUCCGCUACCAUCAAGGUAUACUAUCAUAUGUUCCCUGUGCCAAGCAGUAGGUCAGUAGCCCUGUUCCUCAUGGAGCUGUGCGCGCAGACGGGUUUGGUCCAAGUGGGGACGAGAGGCUUGGUCUGGCUGAGGAUGCUAAUGAUGCACUGGCCCAAAUCUGGCUCCAUUACCAUCAAGGUAUACUAUUGUAAGGUCCCUGUGCCAAGCAGUAGGUCAGUAGCCCUGUUCCUCAUGGAGCUGUGCGCGCAGACGGGUUGGGUCCAAGUCGGGCCGAGAGGCUUGGUCUGGCUGAGGAUGCUAAUGAUGCACUGGCCCAAAUCUGGCUCCGCUACCAUCAAGGUAUACUAUCAUAUGUUCCCUGUGCAAAGCGGUAGGUCAGUAGCCCUGUUCCUCAUGGAGCUGUGCGCGCAGACGGGUUGGGUCCAAGUCGGGCCGAGAGGCUUGGUCUGGCUGAGGAUGCUACUGAUGCACUGGCCCAAAUCUGGCUCCGCUACCAUCAGGGUAUACUAUCAUAUGUUCCCUGUGCAAAGCGGGUCAGUAGCCCAGUUCCUCAUGGAGCUGUGCGCGCAGACGGGUUGGGUCCAAGUGGGGCCGAGAGGCUUGGUCCGGCUGAUGAUGCUACCGAUGCACUGGCCCGAAUCUGGCUCCAUUACCAUCAAGACGGGUUCGGUCCAAGUGGGGACGAGAGGCUUGGUCUGGCUGAGGAUGCCACUGCUGCACUGGCCCAAAUCUGGCUCCACUACCAUCAAGGUAUACUAUUGUAUGGUCCCUGUGCCAAGCAGUAGGUCAGUAGCCCUGUUCCUCAUGGAGCUGUGCGCGCAGACGGGUUGGGUCCAAGUCGGGCCGAGAGGCUUGGUCUGGCUGAGGAUGCUAAUGAUGCACUGGCCCAAAUCUGGCUCCGCUACCAUCAAGGUAUACUAUCAUAUGUUCCCUGUGCAAAGCGGUAGGUCAGUAGCCCUGUUCCUCAUGGAGCUGUGCGCGCAGACGGGUUGGGUCCAAGUCGGGCCGAGAGGCUUGGUCUGGCUGAGGAUGCUAAUGAUGCACUGGCCCAAAUCUGGCUCCGCUACCAUCAAGGUAUACUAUCAUAUGUUCCCUGUGCAAAGCGACAGGUUGGGUCCGAGUGGGGCCGAGAGGCUUGGUCUGGCUGAGAAUGCUACCAAUGCACUGGCCCGGAUGGCUCCAUUACCGUCAAGGUCAGUAGCCCAGUUCCUCAUGGAGCUGUGCGCGCAGACGGGUUUGGUCCAAGUGGGGACGAGAGGCUUGGUCUGGCUGAGGAUGCUAAUGAUGCACUGGCCCAAAUCUGGCUCCACUACCAUCAAGGUAUACUAUUGUAUGGUCCCUGUGCCAAGCAGUAGGUCAGUAGCCCUGUUCCUCAUGGAGCUGUGCGCGCAGACGGGUUGGGUCCGAGUGGCGCCGAGAGGCUUGGUCUGGCUGAGGAUGCUACUGCUGCACUGGCCCAAAUCUGGCUCCAUUACCAUCAAGGUAUACUAUUGUAUGGUCCCUGUGCCAAGCAGUAGGUCAGUAGCCCUGUUCCUCAUGGAGCUGUGCGCGCAGACGGGUUGGGUCCAAGUCGGGCCGAGAGGCUUGGUCUGGCUGAGGAUGCUACUGCUGCACUGGCCCAAAUCUGGCUCCACUACCAUCAAGGUAUACUAUUGUAUGGUCCCUGUGCCAAGCAGUAGGUCAGUAGCCCUGUUCCUCAUGGAGCUGUGCGCGCAGACGGGUUGGGUCCGAGUCGCGCCGAGAGGCUUGGUCUGGCUGAGGAUGCUACCAAUGCACUGGCCCGAAUCUGGCUCCAUUACCAUCAAGGUAUACUAUCAUAUGUUCCCUGUGCAAAGCGGUAGGUCAGUAGCCCUGUUCCUCAUGGAGCUGUGCGCGCAGACGGGUUCGGUCCAAGUGGGGACGAGAGGCUUGGUCUGGCUGAGGAUGCUAAUGAUGCACUGGCCCAAAUCUGGCUCCACUACCAUCAAGGUAUACUAUUGUAUGGUCCCUGUGCCAAGCAGUAGGUCAGUAGCCCUGUUCCUCAUGGAGCUGUGCGCGCAGACGGGUUGGGUCCGAGUGGCGCCGAGAGGCUUGGUCUGGCUGAGGAUGCUACUGCUGCACUGGCCCAAAUCUGGCUCCAUUACCAUCAAGGUAUACUAUUGUAUGGUCCCUGUGCCAAGCAGUAGGUCAGUAGCCCUGUUCCUCAUGGAGCUGUGCGCGCAGACGGGUUGGGUCCAAGUCGGGCCGAGAGGCUUGGUCUGGCUGAGGAUGCUACUGCUGCACUGGCCCAAAUCUGGCUCCACUACCAUCAAGGUAUACUAUUGUAUGGUCCCUGUGCCAAGCAGUAGGUCAGUAGCCCUGUUCCUCAUGGAGCUGUGCGCGCAGACGGGUUGGGUCCGAGUCGGGCCGAGAGGCUUGGUCUGGCUGAGGAUGCUACCGAUGCACUGGCCCAAAUCGGGCUCCGCCACCAUCAAGGUAUACUAUCAUAUGUUCCCUGUGCAAAGCGGUAGGUCAGUAGCCCUGUUCCUCAUGGAGCUGUGCGCGCAGACGGGUUGGGUCCAAGUCGGGCUGAGAGGCUUGGUCUGGCUGAGGAUGCCACUGCUGCACUGGCCCAAAUCGGGCUCCAUUACCAUCAAGGUAUACUAUCAUAUGUUCCCUGUGCCAAGCAGUAGGUCAGUAGCCCUGUUCCUCAUGGAGCUGUGCGCGCAGACGGGUUGGGUCCGAGUGGCGCCGAGAGGCUUGGUCUGGCUGAGGAUGCUACUGCUGCACUGGCCCAAAUCUGGCUCCAUUACCAUCAAGGUAUACUAUUGUAUGGUCCCUGUGCCAAGCGACAGGUUGGGUCCGAGUGGGGCCGAGAGGCUUGGUCUGGCUGAGAAUGCUACCAAUGCACUGGCCCGGAUGGCUCCAUUACCGUCAAGGUCAGUAGCCCUGUUCCGCAUGGAGCUGUGCGCGCAGACGGGUUCGGUCCAAGUCAGGCUGAGAGGCUUGGUCCAGCUGAUGAUGCUACCAAUGCACUGGCCCAAAUCUGGCUCCACUACCAUCAAGGUAUACUAUUGUAUGGUCCCUGUGCCAAGCGGUAUACUAUCAUAUGUUCCCUGUGCCAAGCGGUAG